UCAUAGAUUCCGAGACCCCUACUCAGUAUAUAUAUAGUGAUUUCUUCCAGCUUUCCUACCAAAGCUUCCUCCCGCAUCUCACCCUGCUCAACGCAGGGAGGAGACUACCGCGGGAAGGAGAAGGAGGAGAUCUCGAAGCUAGUCUCUACCUAUCUAGAUUUCCGAAUUAUCAUAUCGUUAUUUAUCUAUAUAUAAACAACAAUGGAAAACCAAUCUCAGGCAGACAACAAGCAGCUGGUGAUUGCCAUCCCGGCCGACCACACCAACCUAGCCACUGAUCACCACGAAGAUCAUGAAAAUGCUGCAGCCCCCGUCACACCAGCCACACAGCUAGCAGCCGCUAAAAAGAAGCGUGGAGGUAAUCAAAUUCUGAAGGCGGCCAUGGUUCUGCUCCGAAGUCGUUCUAGAAAAUCUUCCAAAGCCGCCUCCGUGGAAGAAAUGACCCCCAAAAGCGCCUGGAAGCGCCUCGUGGGGUCUAUGCGGCCGUUGCACCUCCAGAGCAACCAUUCCUCACCUCCGCCGCCUUUAUUUGAGAUCGCUGCACCUUCAACUCCAACGGGGUCUGAACGAUACGAAGACGUGCUCCCUCCACCCAUGUCUCCUGCCCACAGCACCGGUCUCGUGUCCAGAUCCUCAUCCGAAGAUAGCAUGCAGAGCAAAUACGCUUCUGCUGUCAAUCUCCAAGAGCUGGACCGGAGCGAGCAGGACGAAGAUAAGAACAAGGGCGAGGUUGCUAAUAUAUAUGGUGGUGACGAUGAGCACAUCGACGCCAAGGCCGAAGAGUUCAUAGCUCAAUUCUAUCACCAGAUGAAGCUUCAACAAUCGGAUUAAGGUCAAUUGGUUGAACUAAAGCCAAUCAACCAACAACCUAUACGGAGGCCGAUCAUGCGCGCAUCAUCACUAUAUAAUUAAGUUGAAACUAGCUGCUAUCUAAUAUCGGUUCCAAUUGGGUCAUUUCAAUGGUGUUAAUUAAUAAUUAUACAGCACCAUGUUAUGCCCAUGGCUGCAGGUAAAACUUAACUAUAUCAAUGAAUGCAUGCAUGUAUGUGCCCCUUUGGCUAACUUGCUUCCAUUAUUGAUAUAUAUGAUCUAGCUUAAGCUGGAAUAACUUCAGAAAUAAACGGUGUGUGUGUGUAUAUUUAAAAUUUUACUUAUAGGUGUUGGCUAGCUAAUUCUAUCAAUGAAGAAUCAAUAUAAGACAGCGUUCACCUCAUGAAGAUGUAUGUAGAAA